GAGCCGGCCCCCGGAAGGAACCCCAUGCGAAAGGCGAAGAGGGACGGGCUCUGAACGAUGCUUCCUGGCGAGGAGGAGGAUGAGGAGAAGGAGAUGGCGGCCCCCCUGAGCGGCAUGGCUCUGGUAGAGGCGCUUCCCUGCCCGGCGAUGCCCCAAGAGGGACUCUCGGGCGCGGAGCAGCAGAACUCCACAGCGGCGAAACAAAAUCCCCUCAGCCUCACACCAUAUGCUGGUUGCACAGACGUGAAUCUACAAGGAUGCUUGGAGGAAAUUAUUAAAGCCAAUCCAGAGAAAACACCAAUUCAGCUGUUACAUGAGUACUGCACAAAGGCUAACAUCACUCCUGUGUAUGAAUUUGAAAAAAAUGAGGAACAAAUGCAUCUGCCUGUCUUUACCUUUAAAGUUAGCUUGGGAGAAAUAACCGGAACAGGAGAAGGUUCCAGCAAGAAAAGUGCAAAACAUAAAGCUGCGGAAGCUGCACUGAACAUGUUAAAAGACAAUCCUAAUCUUUGUAUUUCUAUGCCAGACCACAUGACCCUUGAACCUUGCAAUCAAGCACAGAAUCAGACCAAUCCUAUAGGAUUGUUGCAGGAAAUGGCCAUUCAGAAGAGAUGGAGACUUCCAGAGUAUUCAUUUGAACAGGAGACAGGACCAUCACAUAUGAGAGAGUUCACAGUGACUUGCAGAGUAGAAACAUUGGAAGGAACAGGGACAGCGACCUCUAAAAAAUUAGCAAAGCGAAAUGCUGCUGAGAAAGUACUUGAUAAACUUGAUGAACUCUGUAAUUCUUUUGGAGACAGUAUCAAUUUUUUUUCAGGAAUUGAACAGAGCCAUAAAUUGAGAUGUAUGCGGGAUAUUCUUAGGAACUCUUCGGGAGAAAAAAUGAAAUUGCUGAGGUGGAAUCCACUUGGUGUUCUUAGUACCGAUUAUGUCGAACUUCUUGAUGAAAUUGCAGAAGAACAAGGUUUUAAUGCAACCUAUCUGUAUCUAGAGGAGCCAAGCAUGAAUGGACAACACCAGUGUCUUGCAGAACUUUCAACCAGUCCAGUGAUAGUUUGCCAUGGGACUGGAAUCUCCUGGGAGAAUGCCAAGACCAAUGCUGCUUACAACACACUACAGUAUUUAAAGAUCAUGGCUGGAAGGAAAUGAGCUUCAAACAGAGAAAAAUAUUCAGAGCCAGGGCUUUUUUGUAGCAGGAACUCCUUUACAUAUUAGGCCACACACCCCUGAUUUAGCCAGUCCUCCAAGAGUGUACAGAGCCUAAUAUGCAAAGGAGUUCCUGCUACAAAAAGAAAGCCCUGUUUAGAGCUGUUUAAAAGUCACAUCACAUAGCCCCUCUAUAAUUAUUCGCUGUAACAGAACAAUAAUUUAAAUCCAUUACUACUAUCAUUUUGGGUGGUUAGACUCAGAAAGCCUAGCUACCUGCAUAGGUGCAGUCAUGCAGUGAGAGACAUUUGGCUUUCUAGGAUGGGAUCUGAUGUGUGUGUCUCUCAUAAUCCUUAGGACAUUGCCCUAAACUGAUGGUUGUUCCCCCAUAGACAUGAAUGUGAUUUCUCCUCUCCUUUUCUGUAUUGUCUACUAAACUUUUACAUUAUGAAUUCACAAAUUCUGUAUUAUCUUCCUCCUCUGUCAGUAAUAGCCAGUGACCAGGGAGGGGCACAGAUAAAUAAGGAAUCAAGGUAAUGUUCUGCCAUGUAUUAUGGAGGGGGGAGAACUAGGCAUAGCAGCAUUUCUGGCAGUGGCAAUGUGUUUAGGAUAAUGUCUUCUUUACCCUCAGAGCACUUUGUUCCCAAAGGCUGGGAGCAGGACUUCCGCACAUCACAUCCCAUUUCACUUGAAAUUACUCCUACAUACUUGACUUUCCCUAUUGCAUGUUUCCUUCUUUCUUCCUCCAUUCCAUUUUCCAUAUCCUGAGAAAAGGACAUUUUGCAAUCAGAAUAAGUCCCAGUUAAGCUUGAUGAGGCAGAAACUAUUCGGGUUUUUUGCUAUAUGUUCUGACAACACUAUUUUGCUUUUUCUGGUUGCUUAGUUGGGACAGGGAAGCAUUUAGCCCAGAACUGAAGAAAGUUCAGCUGUAGUAUCAUAAAGUAGCUUUGAGGUUUCACUGCAUAACAUACUAAAGGUAACAGACUACAUAUGAAAACUUCUGUACAUAAAAUAAAUUGAAACCAAAGUUGCUAGUAUCUGAAAUCCCCCAAUAAAAUUAUUGUAAGAGCUUUAUGUGAUGACCAUAGCAUAAUAUGAUUUUUUUCUGGUAUUUGGAUUCCUAUCUCAUUGUGUGAGCUGUGGCCUUUUUAAGCCUAUGAUUUGAGGAAUGGAUUUUAUAGAAAUAAUGGCUUUGUUAACAUCACUGUCUUUUUUCAUAAAGAUAUCUAUGUGUCAGUCAUUCUUUAAUAAAUUGUUUUAAAGAAUAAA